UCCACCCACCUCCACCCUCUCUCCCCGUGGCUCGGUCUUUCCUUCUCCCUCUCUCUUUCCGACCAGCACCGGUAACUUAAAAAUCACAUAGGAGAAUUGUGUUUGUUUGUCCAAGGGGAUUACUUUGUGCCAGAUUAAUAUUUUACCAGCAAAAUCGUCUUUGACAAUUUUUAAACCUUCUUUUGUAGACCGUGCUCCUGUAAUCUCUUUAGACCUGUUUCUCUAAAGGAAAGUUCCAUCCAUGAGAUUCGAGCUCUCCGCGCGCAAUAGCACUUGAUCUCGGCGGGAGGAAGGUGACGGAAGGAAUAUGGCCAUCCACGCCGGGGGUCUCGUGGCUAUCGUAGUCUUCUAUGUCCUGAUUCUGUUCGUUGGAAUCUGGGCCGCGUGGAAAAAUAAGAACUCUGGAGUUGGCAAGGACGGAGACCGAAGCGAGAGAAUCAUGGUCGGGGGAAGGGAUAUCGGAUUGUUCGUGGGUGGAUUCACAAUGACUGCCACUUGGGUGGGUGGUGGCUACAUCAAUGGGACAGCAGAGUAUGUCUACUUGCCAGACUUUGGCCUGGCCUGGGCGCAGGCACCCUUUGGUUAUGCACUCAGUCUGGUUGUAGGUGGCCUUUUCUUUGCCAAGCCAAUGCGAUCUCGUGGAUACGUCACCAUGCUGGAUCCAUUCCAGCAGCUUUAUGGAAAAAGGAUGGGAGGCCUGCUCUUCAUACCUGCACUCAUGGGAGAAAUGUUCUGGUCUGCGGCCAUUUUAUCUGCCCUGGGUGCCACUCUGAGUGUGAUUGUGGACAUAAACAUCAACAUGUCGGUGGUGAUCUCAGCUCUGAUAGCUAUCUUCUACACGCUUGUUGGAGGACUCUACUCUGUGGCAUACACAGAUGUGGUCCAGCUGUUCUGUAUCUUUGUGGGCUUGUGGAUCAGCGUGCCUUUUGCCCUGUCCAAUCCUGCUGUGUCGGACAUCAGUGUUUCAGCCAAGAAAACAAUCUACCAGUCACCGUGGCUGGGGAAGAUUGAUCCUGGGGACAGAUGGCUCUGGGCAGACAACUUCUGUUUGCUGAUAUUGGGAGGGAUUCCCUGGCAGGUCUAUUUUCAGCGGGUCCUUUCUGCUUCUUCAGCUACCUACGCUCAGGUCCUCUCCUUCCUCGCUGCCUUCGGCUGCUUGGUCAUGGCCGUCCCUUCAGUCCUCAUUGGAGCUAUAGGGGCUUCUACUAAUUGGAAUCAAACAACUUAUGGGUCCCUUCCACCUAAGGAUAAGGAUGAAUCGGACAUGAUUCUUCCCAUAGUGCUUCAGCACCUCUGCCCGCCCUACGUUUCCUUCUUUGGUCUAGGGGCAGUGUCAGCCGCGGUCAUGUCGUCAGCGGACUCAUCAAUUCUCUCAGCCAGUUCCAUGUUUGCCAGAAACAUCUAUCAGCUCGCCUUCCGCCAGUCGGCCUCAGAUCGAGAGAUUGUUUGGGUGAUGCGCCUGACUAUCUUUGUAUUCGGAGCUUUCGCCACUGCUAUGGCGUUGUUAACAGGAUCAGUGUAUGGCCUGUGGUAUCUCAGCUCUGAUCUGGUUUACGUCAUCAUCUUUCCCCAGCUUCUCAGUGUGUUAUUCAUCAAGGGCACAAAUACCUAUGGCUCUGUAGCCGGCUAUAUUUUUGGCCUUUUGCUGCGCAUUGGUGGAGGGGAGCCCUACCUUAAGCUCCCUCCAUUCAUCUACUACCCAGGCUGGGUGACCCAGGAGAGGAUCCACCACCUCACUGGAGAUGUAGAAUAUUUUAUCCAGCAGAGGUUCCCAUUCAAGUCUGUGUCCAUGGUGGCAUCCUUCAUUGCAAAUGUGACCUUUUCUUACCUGGCAAAGUACCUGUUUGAAAGUGGUAUGCUGUCACACAAGUACGACUUCCUGGAUGCUGUGGUGUCCAGGCAUAGCAAGGAGAUCAUGGACAAGGCCACGCUAGUGAGCAACCAUGAUAAUAUCAUUCUUUCAGAGAUGGCACCCGUCAAACAGGCCUUGAGUGCAUCACUCGCUGGGACCUUCACCAAUACUGAGGUCCUCAGUGAUGAUGGGGCAUCCAGUCCAGAGGCUUUUCACAAUGAAAACUAGACAACAAAUGCACAAAGAAAACUGGAACAAAGGAAUUUGAAGAAGAAGGAAUCAUAAAAGAGGGAUCAACAUUCUUCAGGAAACUUGCCACUGCCACACUGGAAGCCAAAUCAACAGAAAUCUGCUUUGGCUUUCAAGUGACGCUGCAAGUUUGUUGUAUGCUGAUGACAUGGUGCCACCUUCUUUGUUGAGAUUCCUUGUCUGGGAACCAGAGGUUGACUGUCACUCAGCUGUGUUAAGCAUCAUUCUUGUCUUUUUAUUGUGACUGUGAAUCUAAAACCACUCCAACCAUUUCAAUUUAAGUGCUGCUACAGUGAUCGCAGGAACUUUCAGGUUUGUGGUGGGUCAAGAGAAUAGUGCAAUAUCUAACCAAGGAAUUGUGUCUACAUAGCAGUGUGCAUGUGUGUCAAUCUACAUGUCCCAGGUGAAUGGUCCAGAGCUAUUUUUCAGUUUUGAGUUUAUGUGAUACAUUUAUUAAUAGAGCAAUAAUAUUUUUAGGAUCUUUUUUGCACAGAUCAAUACUUUAUAUUUCAUUUUCAGGUUAAUGUCAUCAUUUUUAACUUGCAAACCAGUAGAUAUUUUUAUGCAUCUUAUGCUGUGUGUUCACCUUGCUCUUAAUCUUCUUGUAAUACUUGUUAAUUCAAAACACAGAAACUGUCAAAUUAAAAGCCUCACACCACCAUAAAAUUACCAAAACACAGGAUUAGGCCAAGGAUCAGGUUGAUUUCGAAUGAUUCGGCAAAAUACCAUUUUACAUUCAGUCGCCAGAUUUUUUUGACAUUCACUACCAGCCCUUUAAAAAUGUAUUAUUUCUACAAUACGCCACAUGUUGCAACUACACUAUGGAUGCUGUAUAAUCAGUAUAAAAUGUGCCAUAACUGAUUCUUGGUCUGCUUAGUGGCAUUGCAAAAAAUGACCCCAUGAAGUUAUUGCUGUCAAACAUGCUAAUUUACACACCAAGCAGAUAUGGAGAAACAAUUUGAAAUUGUGUUUUUGUUUCCAUGCUGAAAGUAAUUUCAGUGUUCACUUCCUUUUAGCUCUGUUUUGUUCUCCACCAACUCUUGAAUGAAAUAUCCGAUUCUUCAGCCACUAAAUGCUCCAAAAUGCUUAUCAGCUUUGACAGGUAGUGUGCAGUGAGUUUAUCAAAGCUUUUUGCUGCAUCAAACACAUUAAACACACACUUUUGGCCUCCAUAUACUGUAUUUGGCACAGAACAUUGGCACUGAAUGUAAAACCUAUUGCAGAGUCAUCGUUCCACAGGAGCCUCAGCUUUGAUUUCACACUACCCUGAUAUUAUGAAUAUCCCAUUUAAACCAUGCAAUAGUUUUAUAGAUUUUUGAACCUUUUUCUCUGUGCACCUUCCAGGUAGCCACUGGCUUCCAUUCAUUUUCAUAUGUUAUGAAAAUCAACCUGCAAUCUUUGUUUUUCCUCAAACUUAUGCAGACAUCUUUAAAUUAACUCAGUUUUCAUCUACAACUGCACAUAGCAGUAAAAUUCCCCAAAAAAGCACACCUGGUGUUUAUUUUACAAGUUUAUGUUUUAUAUAGAAAUCAAUGGAAACCAAUCGCUACCUGGACGGCAUGAAAAUUCAGAAAGCUAAAACACUACACAAAAGCAAGUCUUCAAAAUGACACUGUACAGUUUACAUACUUAAAUAACAACACUGAUAUUAUUUUAAAAGUUCUACGGUCCUUUAAAAAUGUUAAAUGAUCUGACAGAAACUAUUUUGAAAUACUGUAUACCUGUGUGAGCGCCUACAGUAUGAUGGUGUGAUUGGCCAUCCUAAACCUGUAUUGACUGUCCAGCCACAGCAGGUUAGUGGAGACAGGAAGGGAUGGUGUCAGUAGCACCGGUCAGUAUUGAUCGAAUCCACAGUAAAUUAGCCCUCAGCACAUUUGAUUAAUGCUGCAAAGGGUUUCAAGGCUGCAGUUUGUUAGGUUUUACAGUGUGCUACAUGCAGAGAUGAAGACUUGAAACGUUACUGCCUAAGCUCUGUCAUACAUGAAUUCCCCACUCCCUGUUCUUACACUGCUGUUCUGGACACAGAGAAGCAAGUACCUUCAAGCAGUGAUUUUAGCUUUGAUAAGUGUUAAUAUUGUCCAGUUGACCUCUCUGUGUCUAUCUCCUCUCAGCAUUGUUGUGGUUUGUUGGUGUCUUUUUGAAUUUAUAGACUUGCCUUAAUUCACAGGUGAGGGGUAAAAAAAAGAGAAGGAUCAGGAAUACAGCUGCAAAAGUGACAACUACUACAAAAAGGUCAAGGAUGAGGGUAGCAAUAUACUGUGUUUUAUUACUGUCAACAGUUAAUACC